CCCCCCACCCCGAUGCUCUCAACACAUUAUUUCUGGGGACAGUGUGCAGGACCCUAGGAGACCACUCUCAGCUGGUUGCCCCUGGAAACCAUCCCGAAAGUCUGAAGUGCCAAGCGGCUAAGUAGCAGCCAUGUACAGGAGUUACACGCAGGCCAAGCUGCCUAUGGAUACCAAAAGACUUCGCAAGUCCAAGGAGAGAAGCUGUGGCUACUACCUGAAGAUUGUCUUAUUUUUCUCUUCACUGAUUCAGUCACUCAUCAUCAUCAGCCUGGUUCUCUUCCUGGUGUACGGCCAGUCAGGGAACUCGGGCGAGGAGAAGAGAGUGCAGGAGCUGGAGAAGAGCUGCACCAAGCUCAUGGAGGAGAAGAGGAGCCUCCAGCAGCACAACUUGAUGCUGUACAAGAAGCUGAACGAGACGAACAUCACCAUCGCCAACAAAGACAAGCAGCUGAUCCACCUGCGAGUGAUGGCCAACUUCUCCUACUAUCACAUACAGGGUUUCCAGAAGAGGCUGAAUUCAUGCGAAGAAGAAAUGCAAGCUCAAAAGAAACGACAGAUUCCCGGCCCAGUCCCCGAUGGCUGUCAAAGAGAAUUGACAAAGGUGACACUACAGGUCCAGCAGCUGCUUCGGGAAAAGUUCAACGUCACCCAGACUUCCCAGGAGCUAAACACAGCUCAAGAAGCAGCAAAAAAGAAGAUCAUCGUCCUUGAACAGUCCAAUGCAGAUCUUCUGCGGCAAAAGGCGUCCAUGGAGAAGUCGCAUGCCAUGUUCAGUCAGGAGUGUAAACAGGACUAUAUGAACGCAUUAAAGGGGAUCAGCACCGUGACCAACGCCUUCCUGAGAAAGAUCGAGAACUUCUUUCCCAGCGCCACCACCUUCUUCAUCACGUGUGAAAAACGAUCAACGUACCUGGAGCAGAUCCAUACCAACUGCACCGGCCUGUCUCGAGAAAUGGAAUCCAAGUUCCAGAGCUACCUGAAUCACGUGGGCCACACCAUGUCCAACAUCCGUAAAAACAACACCGACCUGAUAGCGCAAAACGAAGACCUGACGAAGGACCUGCAGGAGUGCCGGCAGUCUUCAUUGGCGAGGGUGGAGGAGGGCAUCCACCGCCUGCACACGGAACAGGAGAGGCACGGCCGCGAAAAGGAGCAGAUGCUCAAGGACAAGAAGAAGCUGGAGAGUGAUAAGGAGCUCCUGGAGCAGCAGGUUAGGCUGAAGAGCUUGGAGGUGGCCCACAUCAAUACCGAGAAGCUGAGACUCAAUGCUUCCCUGCUCUCCUGCAUGAGGAUGACCGGGGUAGGGAGCAGUUUGGUCCCACGCGGACAGUCGGAGUUCGGAGAUACGAUAAGCCAUUUGAAGGAGCUGCAGAAGUACACCGUGGGCAGCUGAACCUCAGGACAGGAAGCACAUCGAGCAGGAGAAAGAAGAACACUGUGGUGACUAUUUGAAGACACAUUACCAAGGCGAUCCUGUUUCUCUUUCGUCAAUAAAUAUAGAGCAUGUGUGUAUGUGUGUGUGUGUGUGUGGGCGGGGGGGGAAUCCUGUCUGUAUACCUGUUGCUUAAUGCAUAAAUAUUCACAAAAAUAAUUAACAUGAUGUAAAUAAUUCAAUAAAGUAUCCUUUGUGCAUAAA